CAUACAGUAUCCUACAACACACAGUCAAUAAUCUGGGAACUCGGUGGGGUUGGAGAUAUCUCUUUAAGAAAACAGUAGGUCGCCUAUCUUGACUUAACUAAGCCACUGACUUCAUGUAGGCCUACUGGCUGGGUGCCAUGGUAAUGGUCGGGCCGGGAACUGGGCAGGUACAUCCGAAAAGACCCGCUAUCUAGUGUUUAUACGGCUCUAACCUCUAAACGGAAACAGAUCCUUCAGUGAAUGCUAAUGAUCUUCAUCUGUGUCAAUUCCAGUGGGCAAAACUCGUGGCAGACUUUUCACAGGAUCGCAAGGGAAAGUAACGACUUAAUCUUUCUCAUUCCCUUCCAGCAGACCCUUUGGGUGGACUAGUGGGGAUUCCUAUUGAAUCCUAUUACAGUGUGGGAGGAGCGGAAGUGGAGGAAGUCGUUCCGCAGCAGAUCGGAUAAUGUUGCUUCAGAUUCAGUUAGGGAAUCGAAGCUGACCGCGGCUGCACGGUGUUUUCGGAGAGCCGAGAGCGUCCGAGAGUGGUUUCUUGGACAGAAGUUUUGCCGAGCUGCGCCUUAAACUCUCCGUACCGACUACACUCCCGAGUUCACCGGUGUGAAAGCGAUCAGUAUGCAUUCGGACUGCCGGCUGCUAUGGAUAGAGCGGUAAUGGUGGGCAGGGGACCGACAGGGGCCGGACUUUUCUUCCUGUCGACUCUCAUCAUCCUCCUCACCGCCAGAAGCAGUCGAGCGCAGAAAGGCGAUGGCUGUGGUCCCAGUGUCUUGGGCCCAAGCAGUGGGACUCUGUCAUCUAUGGGUUACCCCGGUCCAUACCCCAACCACACUGUGUGUGAGUGGGAGAUCAGCGUGCCACCAGGCCGGCGCCUCCACCUCCGCUUCGCCGACCUCGACAUUGACGACAAUAACUGUCAGGUCAACUACCUCAGGAUCUAUGACGGUGUAGGGCCUCAGAGGACAGAGAUAUUGAAGUUCUGUGGUCUGGGUCUGAUGGUUCCUGGGCUGAUCCAGUCUAAAGGGAACCAGGUCACUGUCCAGUUCAUGAGUGGGACCCAUCACAGUGGGCGGGGCUUCUCCCUGGCUUACUCCACUACAGAACAUAAAGAUCUAAUCACCUGUCUAGACAAAGGAGUGGACUUCAAGGAGGCGGAGUUCACCAGGUACUGUCCUGCUGGGUGUCUAUCUGCAGCUGGGGGUGUGUCUGCAGCUGGGGGGGUGUCUGGCACCUCUCCCCACGGAUACAGAGAUUCAUCUCCAGUGUGUCUGGCUGCCAUUCAUGCGGGUGUGGUCUCCAACUCCUUAGGGGGCCAGGUCAGAGUGGUCAGCAGUAAGGGCAUUCCUCACUACGACGGCUCUCUGGCUAACAACGUCGCAUCCACCCUUGGAACCUUGUCUAACAGCUUGUUCACCUUCAAGACCAGUGGUUGCUAUGGGACCCUGGGAUUAGACUCGGGCGUUGUUAGGGACUCCCAGCUCUCUGCUUCCUCCAUAUGGGAAUGGAGUGAUGGGAUUGGCCAGCAAAAAAAAUGGAGCCCAUCAGGAGCCCGCCUUAAAAAGGCGGGGCUUCCUUGGGCGUCGGCAUACAAUGACCAGUACCAGUGGUUACAGGUUGACCUGAAGAAGGUGAAUAGAAUCACAGGCAUCAUCACGGCAGGCUCCUCCCUCCCAGAGUACCAAUUCCAUGUGUCAGCCUAUCGGGUCCUCUACAGCAAUGAUGGACAGCAUUGGAGCACCUAUCGAGAGGCAGAGGCUGCCCAGGACAAGUCUUUCCAAGGGAACACCAACUAUUUCCAGGAGGUGCGCAAUAACUUCAUUCCACCGAUCGAGGCGCGGUAUGUCAGGAUAAGCCCAACCCAGUGGCAGCAGCAUAUUGCUCUGAGGUUGGAGCUGCUCGGAUGCCAGGUCCCUCCAGUGAAUCCACGGAUGUCCAACUCUCCUCGGCCUCCCUCCUCCCCUCUGACCACGAACACGCCUUCCCUGUACGACCGGUCCACCCACGUCCCUGACAUCAGAAACACCACGGUGCCACCCCACACCAGCAACGAUGUGGCCUUGGCAGCAGUGGUGGUACCAGUGUUGGUCAUGGUUCUGACCGCCAUCCUCUUGACCGUGGUCUGUGCCUGGCACUGGAGGAACCGGAAGAAGAGUUCAGAGGGGGCCUAUGACCUCCCCCACUGGGACCGCACAGACUGGUGGAAGAGUAUGAAGCAGUUCCUGCCCUCCAAAAUGGCGGAAGGGGAGGAGUCAGUCCGCUACAGCAGCAGUGAGGUGGGAAGGUUCAGAGGAAGAGGGAGUGUCCCAAGACCACAGGCUGAACCUGCAGAGUAUGCCCAGCCACUGGUUAGUGGUGUGGUUACAUCAUUAGGUCAGAGGUCAACUUUCAAACCAGAGGCAGGUUCGGAUCCUGGUUACACUGACCCCGACCUCUACGACGCUCCCAUAGCAACAGACAUCUACCACGCCUACGCGGAACCACUACCUGCCUCUGGCGCCGAGUACGCCACACCCAUAGUGAUUGACAUUGCAAGCCACCUAUCAGGGAACUCCUCACUGAGCCAACCAACCACAGUCUCCAGCUUCAUGGGCCGUGGCCCUGCCUCCCUGCUUGCAAGGACAGAAAGUGGCCAAUCGGGGGGGUCCAUGUAUGAUACCCCCAAGAAUACAGGACAGGCCACACCCACUGAUGAUCUAGCCUAUCAGGUACCUCAGAGCAACUCACACAAGCCAGCGGGGCAGAGCUGAAGAGGGAGGAGUGUAACCCUAAACCACACCCCUUGUGGACAGAGAGGGAGAACCUGGGGCGUUAGUCUGUAAAGAACAUUGCCUUGGAGGUACUUCCCUUUGGACAUGUCUGUAUGAUAGCGUUUCUACACAGCAAUCUGUGUGUCUGUACAUGCGUGGCCGGACAGGGCGAGCAUAGUGCCAAAACAGUCCUAUCACUGAAACCACAGAGAUGAAUGUUGACAUGAAAGAGGAUGGUGAUUCAGAAAGAAAGGUGAGAAGACCAGGAGAGAUGGAAAACUGACUGCUGUUUCAGUCAGGACAGCUUUCCCUCCAUCUUUGUCUGUCUUAAUAUUAUCAAACUGUGAGUUUUUAUUCCUUGAAUGUGUCAAUCUGAAAGUGAAAUAAUACUCCAAAUGAUAGGUUCUUUUAAAAUGGUUGCCUUCUAUUGAAAAUCAAUAUUUCUACCACUGAAGUUUUUUCAUAGGCUAGCUUCCGAUUCUGCAAAUGACAGCAAGUCCCCUUCUGUUUUCUUAGUUGACUUACAGACUUAGAGGGGAUGGCAUUGGACAUCCAUAAACUUGGUAGAUUGUGGGUGAUUUUUUGCUUGAUGAAUCUACAGCCAGGGCAUAACAAGACACUUCACUUGGUGUUGAUAACUGGAGUAGAUUUUACAGUAAAGGCAUCAUGUUGCCAGUUCAGAGCUGUUCUGGGAUUCUACCCAUUUCAUUUUCCUUAAAAUGUUCUUCUCAUGAUCAUUCUUAGAAUCGGAACUCAGCCUUAGUGUUCUCUGCAUAAAGCCAAAGGUCAUCUGAGUCUGAUGAGAGGCUUUCUCAGUUUUACUACGGUACACUUUGAAUGGACCUCUGUGCUAUUUCCACUUGUAGUUUAACCAGUCACCAUACACACAUUCAGAGGGAAAUCCUAAAACCUGUGUUAAAGUCUAUGAAAUAUAAUAUAUUUAUUUUACUUUUACAAUUCCUGCUGAAAAGGCCAUACUGUACUCACUUAAGCAAGCAAAUGUUCCCAACCACUUUGGAACGGAGGGUUGAAUCAACAUCCAUGCGAAAGCGUCAGAGAAUUGAGGUGACACUGUUUUUGAGGUGACACUGUCUUGGUGCCUCACGUGGGUCAGUGACAAAAACAGACAAUGUUUAAAAGCUGUGGGUGUUUUUAUGAUUAGAUCCACACGCUGUCAGAUAUAGACCAGAGACCAGAAGAGGCAAAACCAGGUGCUGCCCAACAACAGGGCAAAUGAACGAUGGUGAAUAAUGAAAGAUAAUUCACUCUGGCUGUUUAUCAUUGGAAAUCAAUUGUCUACCAAAAGGGGUGACUCUACCUUGAUAUCAUUACGAUGGCAGCUGGGUCUGGUCUACUUAGUUUUAUUAGACUCCUCCUGUCCCAUCUCUGGGGCUGAUGUCUCUACAGUUUGUCCGGGAGACCAAAUUAUGCCUUGUUUUUUUUCUAUGCAUAACUUAGCCAUGCAUGCAAUUAUGGUCACUGUCUGUGAGAGUCCAGAUGUUGUGAGUUUUGUGUGGGCGAGAGGAAGCCUCAGUCACUCUAGAAUAGUCAACCAGUUAGCCUUAAAGAGCUGUGUGUGAGGUGUCUGGAUCAUGACAAAUAUGGUACUGAGAAAUUAACAACAAGGUAACGUUAUCCCUGCGGACCAAUCAGCGUACUGAAGUUAAAAUAUAGAGAAGAACAUUCAAAUUCCAAUGUGUGCAUACGUGUAUUGGUGUCUAUGUUGCUGUGCUUCGUGUAUUUCUUGGACAUUGAAUGGCUUUGACUCAUGUCUAAUUAAUGUGUGAUACAACUUCCCUUAGUGUCUUUGUGAGAGUAACUUUGUUGAAAUGUCCAACUGUGUGGUUAGUUAGUCUGUAGCUGUAUCUGGGAGAGUGUAUUGAGUCUAAAUGUGAUUAGUUGUGUCUGAACUAGUGGAUGUCAGUGAAGAUCAUUCAGGCAAUCACUCCCUGUUCCUAAACACCAUCUGACCCUGGACCAGUUUAGCUGAGGAUGAUAUUGUUUAAAGGUUAGGACUUCAGGAGGGAAGCUGACACUAGGUCAGUGUAGAGGUGUGUUUUAUGGGUUUGGCUGCGGCUAAGUACACCUGCCAUGUUAGCUUCAUCAUCUUCGCAUUGUUCUUGAUGCAACACUCCUUAUGAAAUGACUCACUUUAACCCAGCAAAACAGAAAAAUGACCAGACCUUUUUUAUUUAUUUAGCAUUCCGGUUCAUGUGUAUCUUAGUGUGUACUGUGUUGUGGUCUGAGCGAAACGCAUGUCUGCUUUCACUGGAAAUCUUCAUAGGUUUUGAAACUGUCAGAAAUAAACAGUACAACCUUGAUGUGUGAAUUAA